AUGGCUGCUAAUCAGGCGACAAUCUCGGGAACCGCGAAAGGGAAGAAACAGGAAUCGCUCCGAGAUGGUGGUAUCACAAAAGGAAAGCAAAGUUUGGAGCAACUCAACGGUAACGGAGGCACUAAGGGAAAGUCGGAUCAACAGGGGAAUCAGGGGAGUCAUUUGGGGAAAACAGUGGAUGGUAAGAAGGCGAUCGGCGAGGGUAAAACAACAGCUAUAACAAAGGAAUGGAGACCUAUUGGGCCUCACACCAAGGAGGCCUCCACUAGCAAGGAGCCCAAAAAAGUGGAAAUAGACACCACGCUGACAUCUUCCCACCAGCCCACGUUACAAUUAAGACAAGUUCUUAAUGGCCCAAACAACACCAAGAUACAAAUCGUGGAAGUGCCUGAUCUUAAUCUCGAACAGAAGGAAAAUGUCAACCCCAACAAGCAGGGAGAUUCCACCAUUCGAAACCACUACCACAGGAAAAAACCAGAGCAUGCCCCUCAAUCCAAGGGUGUUAACCUCAAAGCUACUAAGAAGCCUCUCCAAAUCCUUAGUCCCAAGAUGAAGGAGAGCUUAGCUAAACAAAUUCCAUCCUCCCUUCCAAUCUCGCUCAAAUCCAUAGAGGAUUUCUGUGUGCCAGUUCAGCGACGGAAGAAGGGUACUAAUGCCCAGAACGAGGGGAAGGCGGAUGACAUUCCGAUGCAAGAAUGCCUCCUCAGUAGGGCAAACGAGAUUCAGACUCGGGAAGAGGAAGGGGAACCCCCUGGAAACGCUUCUAUUGAGACUCCUUGCUCCAACUGA